GGGCGGCGAUGAUCUGGCGCGGCAAGGGUGCUCAGCAGCUCCUGCACAGGUUGGACUUGGGCUUCAGCUUCUGGAGCUCAGGAUGCCCCAGAACUCCGGAGGUAACAGGACAGCUGCAGAGGCGAGCACCAGCGGAGGACCAGCGAGGCCAGCUCGGUGGGUCCUUGUGCCUGGAGUGCGCCCAAGGCGCAGCUCCACCAGGAGGCUCCGGAGCAGCUGGGGACCCCAGCCCCAGCCACUUGGUCUCGGGCCCGUGACCUUGACGGCCUUUGGAUGAGAAAGAGCUGACAGGAGCCGAACCCCACCUUCUCUGUGUGCUGGGGAACAGGGCUCCACAGCCCCGGUGGCACCCAUGCCGAAGAACAGCAAGGUGACACAGCGCGAACACAGCAAUGAGCCUGUCACUGAGUCCGUGGCUGACUUGCUGGCCCUCGAGGAGCCUGUGGACUAUAAGCAGAGUGUACUGAAUGUGGCCGGCGAGGCAGGUGGCAAGCAGAAGGCAGCGGAGGAGGAGCUGGAUGCAGAGGACCGGCCGGCCUGGAAUAGCAAGCUGCAGUACAUCCUGGCCCAGAUUGGCUUUUCUGUGGGUCUUGGCAACAUCUGGAGGUUCCCCUACCUGUGCCAGAAAAAUGGAGGAGGUGCCUACUUGGUACCAUACCUGGUGCUGCUGAUCAUCAUUGGCAUCCCUCUCUUCUUUCUGGAGCUGGCUGUGGGCCAGAGGAUCCGCCGUGGCAGCAUCGGUGUUUGGCAUUACGUGUGCCCGCGCCUAGGGGGCAUCGGCUUCUCCAGCUGUAUUGUCUGCCUCUUCGUUGGGCUGUACUACAAUGUCAUCAUUGGGUGGAGCGUCUUCUACUUCUUCAAGUCCUUCCAGUACCCCCUGCCCUGGAGCGAAUGCCCUGUCAUCAGGAAUGGGACUGUGGCAGUGCUGGAGCCCGAGUGUGAGAAGAGCUCAGCCACUACCUACUUCUGGUACCGAGAGGCCUUGGACAUCUCCAACUCCAUCUCAGAGAGUGGGGGCCUCAACUGGAAGAUGACACUCUGCCUCCUUGUGGCCUGGAGCAUCGUGGGCAUGGCUGUAGUCAAGGGUAUCCAGUCCUCUGGAAAGGUAAUGUAUUUCAGCUCCCUCUUCCCCUACGUGGUGUUGGCCUGCUUCCUGGUUCGGGGGCUGCUGCUGCGAGGGGCUAUUGACGGCAUCCUGCACAUGUUCACCCCUAAGCUGGACAAGAUGCUGGACCCCCAGGUGUGGCGGGAGGCAGCCACCCAGGUCUUCUUCGCCCUGGGGCUGGGCUUCGGAGGUGUCAUCGCCUUUUCCAGCUACAACAAACAGGACAAUAACUGCCACUUCGAUGCUGCCUUGGUGUCCUUCAUCAACUUCUUCACCUCGGUGUUGGCCACCCUCGUGGUGUUUGCUGUGCUGGGCUUCAAAGCCAACAUCAUGAAUGAGAAGUGUGUGGUCGAGAAUGCUGAGAAGAUUCUAGGGUACCUCAACUCCAACAUCUUGAGCCGUGACCUCAUUCCACCCCACGUCAACUUCUCACACCUGACCACCAAGGACUACUCCGAGAUGUACAACGUCAUCAUGACUGUUAAGGAAAAACAGUUCUCAGCCCUGGGCCUGGAUCCCUGCCUCCUGGAGGAUGAACUUGACAAGUCUGUGCAGGGCACAGGCCUGGCCUUCAUCGCCUUCACUGAGGCCAUGACACAUUUCCCGGCCUCCCCCUUCUGGUCUGUCAUGUUCUUCCUGAUGCUCAUCAACCUCGGCCUGGGCAGCAUGAUCGGGACGAUGGCGGGAAUCACCACACCUAUCAUCGACACCUUCAAGGUGCCCAAGGAGAUCUUCACAGUGGGCUGCUGUGUCUUUGCAUUCUUCGUGGGGCUGUUGUUCGUCCAGCGCUCCGGAAAUUAUUUCGUCACCAUGUUCGAUGACUACUCGGCCACCCUGCCACUCACCGUCAUCGUCAUCCUUGAGAACAUCGCUGUGGCCUGGAUUUAUGGGACCAAGAAGUUUAUGCAGGAGCUAACAGAGAUGCUGGGCUUCCGACCCUAUCGCUUCUAUUUCUACAUGUGGAAGUUCGUGUCCCCAUUGUUCAUGGCUGUUCUCACCACAGCCAGCAUCAUUCAGCUGGGGGUGUCGCCCCCAGGCUACAGUGCCUGGAUCAAAGAAGAGGCUGCAGAGCGCUACCUGUACUUCCCCAACUGGGCCAUGGCACUGCUGAUCACCCUCAUCGCUGUGGCAACCCUGCCCAUCCCCGUGGUGUUCAUCUUGCGGCACUUCCACCUGCUCUCUGACGGCUCCAACACCCUCUCUGUGUCCUACAAGAAGGGCCGCAUGAUGAAGGACAUUUCCAAUCUGGAGGAGAACGAUGAGACCCGCUUCAUCCUCAGCAAGGUGCCCAGCGAGGCUCCCUCCCCCAUGCCCACCCACCGCUCCUAUCUGGGGCCCGGCAGCACAUCGCCCCUGGAGAGCAGCGGCAAUCCCAAUGGACGUUAUGGAAGUGGCUACCUCCUGGCCAGCACCCCUGAAUCAGAGCUGUGACCACUGUGCCAUUCUGCCCACCUCCCCUCAAUACCCAACCUGCCCACUUGGCUGGGCCUAGUCUCUUCCUCCGUGGUAGCUGCCAGACCCAGGCUAGUCCACGGAGAGGGGAUCUGCCCGGCCUUGUUCCCCACCCAAGUCCCAGCAGACUCCCUCUACCUAUGAGCAGGGGACUGGGGACAAUUUCAUCCCCUCGUCCAGGCCUCCACCCCAUGUAACUUUUUGAGAACUCUUGCCAAGUUGCAGCCAUGUGACCACAACAACCCCAGUAUGGGGGAACUUCAAGUGGGCACUUUAGGACUCGACACCCCCUCUCCCUGUGAAACCUACCACUUGCAGUUCUCAGGUCUUGGGGAGGCUCGCUUUGCGCUGUUGGUAUUGGUGGUAGUGGGCAGAGGCUUCAGGGCCGAGGGCACAGGUGGUAGACUUUAGCCCAGUCUGCCGUAAGAACAGAACACAUCAUCCUGUCAGCCCAGCAUGGCUGCUCCUGAGCUAAGAUGGGGAUAGGGACACGUGUGUCAGGAAACUCCUCAGUUCUGUCUUACGAGAUAGGCGGUACCCUCUGGCUUGAGCGAGAACCUGAGCAUUGAAAGGAAUGCUCCACAGCCAGCUCAUGGAAUCUUUGAAAUGACUCUGUUUCUCCUGCCAGGGGCAGACCGGGUAUGUUCCUGAUUCUGCCUGGAAGCAUGGUGAAGGGAGGGGUCACCUUAACUAGGGUUUAGCCAUUUUUUUGGAUCUCCACUAUCCAGCCUGGCGCCAGGGGUGGUGGUCUUGGCCUCUGUCCCAGGGAGAAAAGGGGCAGCGCCAGGCAGGCGAGGUUUGCAGAGCACAACCUAAGGGUUCCAGCACAGCCUAGGUCUGGAGCACAAGUGAAACACUCUCUUCCGCUCUCACCCGGAGCUCGCCAUCCUCUUUCGUGGCAGCUUCUCUCCUGGAAUGGGGGUUCCUGGAGUUCAGGGCCGUGUCACCAGGAGCCCUCGUUUCUAGGGAAAGACAGGUCAUUUCACUGCCCCUUCGGGCUGCCUCUCGCUCUCCCUGCUGCACAAGCACAGCCUCCGGUGUGCACCUCGUGUGAAGACACCUUGGAAACUUUCCCAAACUCCCCCAGUCUGUUCAGAGAUAUGGCACAGGUGAUUCUGGGCAGGAUGGAGGCUGCCGGGGGUGGAGGGCAGUGGCAAAGCAAAGAGCCUCUGGUUUUAGGCCCUGAGAAGGUACAGCCUCUGGCAGUGUCCCUGUCCUUCUAUCAAAGCUCCCCUGGGGAGAGGGACUGUUUCAGAGCAGCCUGUAAGGACUCAGAAACUGACCUGAGAAUCAGGGUAUCUCUCUGCAGUAUGACCUCAGAGAGAUGGUGUAUGGAUAUAUAUAUCCAUAUAUAUGUGUGUGUGAAUGUGUAUAUAUUUAUGUAUGACUGGCAGACUAGGAUGGAUGGAUGGAUGGGUGGAUAUAUAUGUAUAUACACACAUACAUAAAUGUAUAUAUAUGUGUGUAUGUGUGUGUAUAUAUGUGUAUAUGUAUAUAUAUACAUUUCAAAGUUUUGGUGGACAGGAACUGACCCGGGUAACUUCCAGAGGUUCCUGGGGUCAUUUUCUUGGCCCUGACUUCCCUCAGUACUGAGAGGGGCAGACUAGGCCCAGGUGCCCACCUUCUAUUCCUAUGCCUACUGGUUACCUCCCUUCCUAGCCUGAGAGGUCCAUCCCCUCCUCCUGCCAUCUCUCUCUUUCCUCAGUUCCUCACCGCCUUCUCUCCCUUGUAACCUUCUCAGUUCCACCUGUCCUAGUAUUUGAGGUGAGAGGGAGUCCGAAUCUCCCUGAAGAGAUGCGCUUUGGGGGUGCGGCAUCCCGUCAUCGGCCCCCCUUGCCUGACAACACCUUCUCCCUGGCCCCGUGCCUAGUCCCGAGCAGAAUUAGCAAACAGGAAGUGCAGGCCCCAGUGGACUCCACUAUCUCUACUCCUCUCUAUGCUAUUUCUAUUGUGCAUUCAAUCUGUCCAUGUGGGUGUCCUUGCUGUGAAAUGACAAACCCCAUAUUAUACUGCGGCUGGUGGGCUAUUUUCAUCCUCAGUGCUGUACAGAUCUAUUUUCAUUGUAUAUUUGAUAUAUUUUUAAUUUUGUAGCGUGGCUGGGCCAGGCCCCAGCCUGUGAGCCUGCGGUGAGUGGGGGGAGGGGAACCGAGCCGAGGCUGCUUGCUUGUGCGUUGUGGGCUCUGUAGGGUUUGUCGUAGCCUUUAGCUGUAGGCCGGAACCUGUCCUGGUUGCAUCUUUGCUGUGAGUUGGACAUAGGUCCUAGAGCACGUGCUCCCUUUCUCCGUGAGUGUGUGUGUGUGUGUGUGUGUGUGUGUGUGUGUGUGAGAGAGAGAGAGAGAGAGAGAGAGAGAGAGAGAGAGAGAGAGACAUUGGUAGGUGUGAGUGCAUAAGGUGCUGAUCUGUGAUACCCCCACCCCCCACCCCCCCACCCAGUGUUCACCACCUUCUGAAGACCUGGGUCUUCCUCUUAGCUCUAUGGGGAAGCCUCAGGACAGACACUUCAGAGAGCACUAGCUAUGGGGAAAGGCUUGCUUCCCACAGGUGACUCAUGUCUCAUGUCCUUCCAUGGAAGGACGGCCUUGGGUGGCGGGGGAGCCCCAUUUAUUUUCUAGCCAACCUUCUGUUGUUCACCCUGGAGGCACUCGGUCUUCAGCAGACAGCGCUGGGUUUCUUAGGACAGCUGUCCGAGGGAGGCGUCUCUCUGCCUUUCUGUCCUGCAUUUGACCUUGAAAGAGUCCUGAGUACCCAGAAAGCAACAGCUGCUCCUUAGACCUCUGCUGGCUCCUCAGGAGAGAUGAGGUGAAGUCUCCUGACACUGAAGAUCAAGCCCCAGCUUCCUUGGAGGACCUGGCAGUGAGGGCCAGGAUCCCCACUGCUGCUGGUUAGUGCUGCCCAAACAGUGCCCACCAGGAGACAAGGGGUUUCGGGGGGGCUGUGAGUCAAUUGAGUUGGGGCAGGGCAGAGGUACACCUAAGGGUUCCCUGUUCUGCCUGUCCCCCAGCCCCAGUCACCAGCCUCUUGCUCAGGGAGCCCUUGGGCCCCUCUUCCGGGAGACAGUGUGAAGCCUGAGGCCCAAUUUGGGUGGUGGGGGAGACAUGAGGCACCCAAGGGAAAGCAGGUGAGGUUGGCAUCUGCCAUCAAGCAAUAAAUCUUCAGGGGCUGCCGCUUUUUAAGUGCCAGGAAAUGCCCUCCAGAGGCAGCCUGUGUGAGCCCUGAGGCUGAGCCAGCCCCACACAGGCCUGCAAGUAUUAACAGGUAGGGACUGCCCUUCUUCCUUUCCUUAUCGUACCCCUCCCCCAACCAGAGUAGGCCCCACUGUGAAAAGGGAAUGAAAGCGAGGCGGGUCACAAUACACCUGUGACUCUGUACCCUGCUGGUCCCUCCCCUUAGGUCUGAAAGGGCAGGGAACUGGUGGAGGAGGGCCCAGGGUCAUUUCUCAUGAGAAGUCCUGCUUUAAACAGACCUAAACACAUAUCAGGCAGUCUCUUCAGGGCCAGGCACAGGUUCAGAGCAGUUAGAAUCCAUGUGUCCUGGACUGGUCAGAGCCCUGAGUCAGGAUACUCAGCCCAGGAGAGGGGAUGAGGCAAUGCCACCCCAGGGCCCCUCCUUCGUCUCCCCUACCCUGGUGUACAAUAAAGUGUCUGUUCUUACCA